GACAUCUGAAGGGGCUCUUCCUUCGAGGUAGGAACGCGGUGGCCCAGCAGGUCGGGGCUGUCUUUGUGAGCAUUCGGCAUGUCUUUCAUCCAUGUGGACAAGGACUCGGAUUUCCCUCUGCAAAAUCUCCCCUAUGGGGUUUUUUCCACAAGGGAGGAGCCUCGGCACAGGAUUGGGGUAGCGAUUGGAGACCAAAUUUUGGAUCUCAGUGUCAUCAAGCAUCUGUUUAACGGACCGGCUCUUGCCAAACACCAGCAUGUCUUUGACCAGCCCACCCUCAACGCCUUCAUGGGGCUGGGCCCCACCGCCUGGAGGGAGGCCCGUGCCCUGCUGCAGUCACUGCUGUCAGCCGCUGAGCCAACGCUGCGGGACAACGCGGGCCUGCGGAAACGGGCAUUUGUACCUCAGGCUUCUGCUACCAUGCACCUGCCGGCACACAUUGGAGAUUACACCGACUUCUACUCGUCGCGACAACACGCCACCAACGUCGGGAUCAUGUUCCGGGGGAAGGAGAAUGCUCUGAUGCCCAACUGGUUGCAUCUGCCUGUUGGGUAUCACGGCCAGGCGUCUUCCGUUGUGGUAUCCGGGACGCCCAUCCGGAGACCCGUGGGACAAAUGAAACCCGACAAUGAUAAACCCCCAGUGUUUGGUGCUUGCAAGCGUCUGGAUAUCGAGUUAGAAAUGGCAUUCUUUGUCGGACCUGGCAACAAACACGGGGAGCCCAUCCCAGUCAGCAGAGCCCAUGAGCACAUCUUUGGGAUGGUCCUUAUGAACGACUGGAGUGCCCGUGACAUCCAGAAAUGGGAAUACGUUCCUCUGGGCCCAUUCCUGAGCAAGAGCUUUGGCACAACCAUCUCCCCUUGGGUCGUCACCAUGGAAGCUCUGAUGCCAUUCCUGCUGCCAAACCCUGUCCAGGACCCCAAGCCGCUGCCCUACCUUCGGGAUGAAGAACCCUACACUUUUGACAUCAAUCUCUUCGUUGCAAUAAAAGGAGAAGGAAUGAGUACACCAACUACUAUAUGCAGAUCCAAUUUCAAGCACAUGUACUGGACCAUGAAGCAGCAGCUGGCACAUCACUCCAUCAAUGGGUGCAACCUCCGACCUGGAGACCUCCUGGCAUCAGGAACCAUCAGUGGGCCUGAGCCUGAGAGCUUUGGCUCCAUGCUGGAGCUUUCUUGGAACGGGACAAAAGAAAUUCCUCUUGGCCACGGACAGUCUCGUAAAUUCCUGCAGGAUGGAGAUGAAAUCAUUAUAACAGGUUACUGCCAAGGCAGCGGCUACCGCGUGGGGUUUGGCCAAUGCUCAGGAAAAAUCCUCCCAGCUGUGUCACAUCCGUGAUGUUUGUGGGAAGGGGACAUCCAGGAGAGGAGGAGUAAAAGGAGGAGGAAGAGAAGGGAAAGGAGGAGGACCUCCCCCCCACCUCUCAUAUCUGCGCUACUGAAUUCGGCUGUAUUAUUUUUAUAUGAGUGAUUGGAAUCUUACUAUUUUUAAUAAUCAAUAAAGAUCUUCAAGAUGAA